AUGUUCGCCGUGAUGCAAAUCGACGAGGAUCACACAAGGGAUUUCAGGCGUAAGCUGCGGCCAAAGUGCGAGUUUGUCUGCAAGUAUUGCCAACGUCGGUUCACCAAGUCUUAUAACCUGAUGAUUCAUGAGCGCACGCACAAAAGCCCCGAGCUGUCAUUCAGCUGCGAGGUGUGUGGCAAAAGUUUCAAACGGCAGGAUAACUUGCGUCAGCACAGCUUGUUAGGUUUUUUCGAACAGAUGUACACUAUGCUCCCAAGACAAAUUUACGCUGGUGAUGAUAAAGACCUGUCAUCAAAACAUAUGGGAUUUCCAACAGUAUUCAAGCUUCUAUUGUUAACACCAGAAUGGGAUGUUGCAAUUAAUCCUUACAAGUGA